AUGACCUCGCUCAUCGCAAUCGUCGACCUCAAAGGAAAGUCGCUCAUCCAGCGAUCCUACCGUGAUGAUAUCUCCCCAACCGCAGUCGAAAAGUUCCUUCCCCUUCUCCUAGACCUCGAAGAAGAAGCGGGCGGAAGCUCUGUCAGUCCAUGCUUCUCUUCUGAAGGAGUCAACUACAUGUUCAUCCGACACAACAAUCUCUACCUUCUCGCUCUCUCACGCCGCAACUCCAACGCAGCCGAAGUGCUCAUCUUUCUUCACAAACUCGCUUCCGUUCUCGAAGAAUACUUCAAAGAGCUCGAGGAAGAAUCGAUCCGUGACAACUUUGUCAUCAUCUACGAGCUUCUUGAUGAGAUGAUGGACUUUGGCUACCCUCAAACCACCGAGUCCAAGAUCCUGCAAGAGUACAUCACUCAGGAGUCGCACAAGUUGGAAGUGCAGGUACGACCACCUAUGGCGGUGACCAAUGCUGUCUCGUGGAGAUCCGAGGGGAUUCGAUAUCGUAAGAACGAGGUGUUUUUGGAUGUCGUUGAGUCGGUCAACUUGUUGGUCAGUGCAAAUGGUAAUGUGGUCAGGAGCGAGAUUUUGGGUGCGAUCAAGAUGAAGUGUUACUUGUCCGGUAUGCCCGAGUUGAGGUUGGGCUUGAACGAUAAGGUCAUGUUUGAAAAUACCGGUAGAGCAGCGCGAGGCAAAGCGAUCGAGAUGGAGGAUGUCAAGUUCCACCAGUGCGUUCGACUGUCCAGGUUCGAGAAUGAUAGGACCAUCUCCUUCAUUCCACCGGAUGGAGAGUUCGAGUUGAUGAGCUACCGUCUCAGCACACAGGUCAAGCCGCUCAUCUGGGCAGAGGCAAUCGUGGAGAGACAUGAGGGAAGCAGGAUCGAGUUCAUGGUCAAAGUCAAGGCUCAGUUCAAGAGAAGGUCGACUGCCAAUAAUGUCGAGAUCCAUAUCCCCGUACCAGACGACGCUGAUACGCCCAAGUUCAGAGCCGCGAUAGGGUCUGCCGUCUAUGCACCCGAAAAGUCCGCCAUGGUAUGGAAGAUCAAGCAACUCGGCGGAGGCAAAGAGUUCCUCAUGCGUGCUCACUUUGGCUUGCCAAGUGUCAAGAGCGAAGACACUGUCGACCGUCGUACACCCAUCAGCAUCAAAUUCGAGAUUCCUUACUUUACCGUUUCAGGCAUUCAAGUCCGAUACCUCAAGAUUGUGGAGAAGUCAGGUUAUCAGGCUUUGCCAUGGGUACGAUACAUCACACAGCAUGGAGAGUACGAUCUGCGCACACAGAGCGAGAAGCCGUCGGCGAGGUUGGCGCCCUUCUCUGCCUAG